AUGCCGACCCGCAUUCUCACUCCAGAAUACGUUAAUGGAAUAUUCAAGGGACUCAAAAUUUCCCCAGAACCCAAGGCAGAACCAGCUCAUGGACUGACGCCUCCAGCACUGAACAAGAGUAUCCAAUACAAGCGAUGCAUGCUCCAGCUUCGUUCAAAGGGCGAUCGCCCGCUGGAAAAAUACAUCUUCCUCAGCUCGCUCAAGCAGUAUGAUGAGGAAAUGUUCUACGCAAUCCUCAUGGCCAACAUGCCUGAAAUCUGCCCCUUGAUUUAUACACCAACGGUCGGAGACGCGUGCCUUAACUUCAGCCACAUCUAUCGCAAGCCCGAAGGUCUCUACGUCUCCAUCGAGGACAAGGGUAGCAUCAAAAACGUCUUGCGCGUGUGGCCCCAUAAAGAUAAGGCCAGAAUUACCGUGGUCACUGAUGGCUCGCGUAUCCUGGGCCUUGGAGAUUUGGGUGUGAACGGCAUGCCGAUUUCCAUCGGAAAGCUUUCCCUCUACAUUGCUGGUGCUGGAUUUAAGCCAGAGUCGACCCUUCCCAUCUGCCUCGAUCUUGGUACCAACAACGCGAAGAAUCUGGAUGAUCCUCUCUAUCUUGGACUGCGCCGAAAGCGCGUCGACGACAAGGAGAUGGACGAAUUUAUGGACGAAUUUAUGCAUGCUAUGGCCGAAGUCUUCCCGAACAUCCUCGUCCAGUUCGAAGAUUUUAGCACCGAUCACGCGUUCCACUAUCUCGAGCGAUACCAGAACACAGCCAAGGUUCCUGUCUUCAACGACGAUAUCCAAGGUACUGGUGCCGUGGUACUCUCUGGGUUCGUCAAUGCGGCCAAGCUCUCCUCUGAGGCAUCGGGUCGCGAUUUGACCGAUCAUCGUGUUCUCUUCUUGGGAGCGGGAAGUGCGGGUGUUGGUGUGGCGAAGCAAGUCAUGAGUUUCUUCACUCUCCAGGGGCUGUCGGAGGAGGAGGCCAAGUCGCGGAUCUGGUUCAUCGACUCUCAAGGUAUGAUCACAGCCGACAGACCUAAGCUCCAAGCACACAAGAUAUAUUUCGCUCGCAAGGACUACUCUGGGCCACCACUCAAAAACUUGUUGGACAUUAUCGAUUAUGUGAAACCCACCGCACUUGUCGGCUUAUCGACGAUGAGAGGAGCGUUCACCAAAGAGGCGGUCGAAAAAAUGGCUGAACUCAACCCGCGACCAAUCAUCUUCCCCCUAUCCAACCCUGUCUCGCUCUCUGAAUGCGAGUUCAAGGACGCCAUCGAAUGGACCGACGGAAAGGUCAUCUUUGCCUCUGGCUCGCCGUUCUUGCCCUACACAUACAAGGGUAAGGAAUACUAUCCUGGGCAGGGAAAUAACAUGUAUGUCUUCCCUGGAAUCGGCUUUGGGGGCGUCCUAUCGAAGUGUAAACACGUCACACCGAGCAUGGUGGAGAACGCCUCCCUAGCAUUGGCAGAGUCACUGACUCAAGAAGAACGGGACAUGGGCCUCAUCUACCCCAAAUUGACGCGUGUGCGCGAGGUUUCGAUGCAGAUUGCAGCUCGUGUCAUUCAUGUUGCUCAAGAGGAGCACGUCGACCGCAACGCACCCCUACGCCAUAUGGAUGACGAACAUCUCCUCGAAUUUGCACGCAAACGCUCAUGGUACCCCAGGGUUCCAAGUUCAUAA